CAGUGGGAUUUGGGCAGGGGAGGAGGCGUCUCCCGGAGCCGCACACCCUGUUGAUUAGUCAGCGCGGGUAUGGUGUAUCUAGUCCCCGCAGGAGGGGAGCGACAACCAGAGCAGCAACUGCAGCCAAAGUGGCCUGGAGAGGAGACUCGCAACUCCGGCCAGCAGCCGCAGCAUGAACCCGAGCAGCUGAGGACAGUGCACUAGAGCCUGCACUGCAGAGAGCGGCCGCCCCUGGAGCCCCCAGCCCUGCUGUCUCCCCCUGCACGGGGCCGGGGGAAGAAGAUGGAGCUGGCACCCCCGCCGGGGCUGAAGGAUGUGAAGUGGAGCUCGGCCUCGUUCCCCUUGGACUUGCUGGUCAGCUCUUACCGGCUGCCUCAGCUCGUCAGGCUGGAGAGCGGGGAAAACAUUGAAGGCCUGCGGGAGAAUGACUAUCUCUUGAUUCACUCAUGCCGGCAGUGGACAACCAUCACAGCCCACAGUUUAGAAGAGGGACAUUACGUCAUUGGGCCGAAGAUUGAGAUUCCUGUGCACUAUGGAGGACAGUUUAAAUUGCUGGAGCAAGACCGGGAUAUUAAGGAGCCAGUGCAGUAUUUUAACAGUGUGGAGGAGGUGGCUAAAGCAUUUCCUGAGCGGGUCUACGUCAUGGAGGAAAUAACAUUCAACGUCAAGGUCGCUUCAGGAGAGUGCAAUGAAGACACAGAAGUGUAUAACAUCACGUUGUGCACUGGAGAUGAACUUACCUUAAUGGGCCAGGCUGAGAUUCUUUAUGCAAAAACAUCCAAGGAGAAGUCACGUCUGAAUACCAUAUUUAAGAAAAUUGGAAAAUUGAACUCAAUCAGCAAAUUGGGGAAAGGCAAAAUGCCUUGCUUAAUAUGCAUGAAUCACAGAACUAAUGAAAGCAUCAGCCUUCCAUUUCAGUGCAAAGGGAGGUUUAGCACACGCAGUCCUCUAGAGCUUCAGAUGCAAGACGGAGAGCAUACUAUCCGUAACAUUGUGGAGAAGACACGACUGCCUGUGAAUGUGACCGUGCCUAGCCCCCCUCCCCGUAACCCAUAUGAUCUUCACUUUAUACGCGAGGGACAUCGCUACAAAUUUGUCAAUAUACAAACUAAGACGGUCGUUGUUUGUUGUGUGCUCCGAGCUGGUAAAAUCAUUCCCAUGCAUUUUCCAUUACACUUAUCUGUCCCAACAUUUAGCCUACCCGAAAACAUAGCAAAAGGAGAAAUGUGGGAGGAGUCUGUGGUACAAGCUUGGUACAACGUAUGCCAAGAGCAGUUUGAUAUAGAGGAAUAUUCCCGUGCGGUGAGGGACGUAAAAGCAGACUGGAAUGAAGAAUGCAAGAGCCCUAAGAAGAGUUACUGCUCUGGACAUAGUCACAUACCAAACUCCCUCAGUUACGCCCGUGAUGAACUGACCCAGUCCUUUCAUAGGCUUUCAGUCUGUGUUUACGGGAACAAUCUUCAUGGAAACAGUGAGGUGAACCUACACGGCUGUCGAGACCUCUGUGGGGAUUGGUCUAUGUUCCCUCAAGAUUCUUCUCAGUUCCAGGACUCUGGUGACAGUGGUAGUGACUACCUUUUCCCUGAAAUGGGCGAGGAAUCUAUAGGUUUACCUACCAAGCCAGAGCUUCCCUAUGAGGAGCUCUGGUUAGAAUUGGGAAAUGGGAAACAUGGGGGACAGCCCCUAACCCGAUCACAAAGCGAGAAGAACAAAUGUGAUCCUUUCCGAAGUUCAUUGCAUUCCAAGUGUGGCACAUCCUCCCUCUCAUCUCCUGGAUGUCUACUGACAAGCAAAUGUUCGGAUAUAUCUUUACCUCCACCUCCAGUGCCUCCCAAAUCUGAAGCUGUGAAGGAAGAAUGCAGACUGCUGAAUGCUCCACCUGUGCCUCCUCGCAGUUCCAAACCAUCGUCCCCCACCCCAUCUGUUCCUCCGCCAACAGGAAAAAUGGCACGGCAGCAAACCCGCUCUCCCAGUCCUACGCUUUCCUACUAUUCCUCAGGGCUGCACAGCAUUGGUGUUGCAGAAAAUGAAGUUGCAAGCUCUUCAGACAAUGCCCAGGUUUCAUGUUACCCCUGUAACUGGAUCAAGAAUGAGUCAAAUGAUCUCGAGAGCAAGUUGCCUUGUGGGUUAACAGCUUCUGAAAUCCCUCCUUCUCGACUAUCCUGGCCUAACCGUUACUGUGGUGGGGCUGAAGGUAUGAACACAAAUGACCUGCUUGCGGACCAGUGCCGCAGUUAUUACAGCUAUCCACGACAAAAGACACCAGCCACACCAAAGAAAAAUUUUCCAGCUCCGUUUGACUUUAGUGGGAUUGAUCCUUUAAAUGGUUGCACACAGGGCAAACCAAGCGAAUUUCCUGACGUAGCUGCAGGUUGUCCAAAGUCAGCCAGCUACUCAUUGGACACCUCAUCGGACAAAAUUGUCCCUGACAACAGCACAAGACAAAGUAUGUCGUGUCCUGCGUUACCCCCGCGGGCACCGAAGACAAGUGAGGUAAACCCUGUCCUCGAACCCCUCUGUAUUUCUAUGAAAAUUGAUGGAGCAGAAGAAGGUUCUCAGACUUGCUCUCCUGAUAUUACAGAAGAGCAUUAUUUGGCUAAAAAGGGCAUGCAGGACAUUUUCUCCAUUUCAUACCCAUUCUCUUCUCCACUACACAUGCAACUAGCACCAAGGUCAUGUGGAGAUGGCUCUCCUUGGCAGCCUCCAUCUGACCUCUCAGGAUUGUCCAUUGAAGAGGUAUCAAAAUCCCUUCGAUUUAUUGGGCUAUCAGAAGAUGUUGUCUCCUUCUUUGUCUCGGAAAAGAUUGAUGGUAAUUUACUUGUCCAGCUUACAGAUGAGAUACUUUCUGAGGAUUUUAAGUUUAGCAAACUCCAGGUUAAAAAAUUAAUGCAAUUUAUAAAUGGUUGGAGGCCUAAGAUGUAAGACUCAAGGUGUUACAAAAGGUACUGAACAAACGUAUGAGCGCCCUCGGCACAAGUGCCGUUCUUUGUACAAUCUGAAAUUAUUUUGCACUAAGAGAAUAAUCGUGGCUGUAUAUAGUCCUACAAAAGAAGAAAUUCUUACUAUGCAGUGAAAGGUACGAGCUGUAGUUGUAUCACUUAGUACUGUACAUUAAUGCAAACCUUUAUGAGAACACUCACAGGGUGCCUUGUGCAUCACUGACCACUGAGCGGCUGCUACAAAUUGGUUCGAAACAUUAAAGGGAAUUUUACAUUAUAGGCUUCAUGUUAAAAAAAUAUAAUAUAUUACUUACUAGCCAAAGCUUACAAUAUAGUUAUGUUAUCUCAUUUUAGACCAGAAUAAAUUAAAACCAUUGACAGCCCUUUGCCCCUCCCCCUUCCAAAGUAAUAUGAAGGAACACUUCUGUAUGCAAUUCCCUGCACAUGCAAAAAAAAAACACUAUUCCAUGUGUAUGGGUUUUACUAAAGAACGUCCAAAAAACCUUGGACAUCGCACUAAAGGUCACAGGUUCCAGCUUUCAUGUACAUGAUGUGCAAUGUGAUGAUCUAUUUCCUGUCUUGAGACAAGUGCAUGAUCAAUAAAACUUAUAGAAUUUGGCAUUGUAACUCCACACCGGAUACAGAUGUAACCGAUCCGAGUGCAACAUCUGCUGUAUUAUGUGCUGAAGUAAUAUGGAGAAUCUUAUUGUUGCCUUUAUUACCAAUGUUUUAUAUGUUCCAGUGAAUUCAGUCAAGAUGAAGAUAACCUUGUUACCUGGUGUUAGUGUUUAUGCAAAUAACUUGCCUCAAGGUCUGAUAUGGACGUGGGCUCUUACUGACCAAUAUCCAUAGACCUACAUCCUCCCCAUUCCUAUAUUCAUCUGUGAAGUCAUUCGCAAUCUGACGUUUUGCACUUGUGUUGCCUGAGUGGCCCAGCUUAAGGAUGGCCCCGUUCUUAAGAAACUGUUUGUUUUAUUCCAGCUUCCGAAGGAUGAGCCUCAAACGGUCAAGUACAGUUUUUAUGAUGAAGCUUCUUUUAAAUCCUAUUUUUUUUUUUAUAAAAUGUAAGUCCCAGAACAAAACCACUUCUUGAGACGUAGAAAGCUCUUAUUGUGGUAAAGCUAUGGACAUUCAUGUAUGUUUUGUGUAUCUCAAUAUGUAUAAUAUAUAAAGUUAUUUUCA